AUGGAUCCAUACAAUUCCAUCGGCAUCCACGCCAACCACAUGGAUCUGGUGAGAUUCGGUGGGGAUGAUAGUCCCGGUUACAUCAAAGUCGUAGGCGAACUACGACGGUGGAUAGACGCUCUGAAGCAGCAAUCAGAAGUUGUCAAGGCGGUUUCCAUCACCAUGGACCGGAACCUUGAGUAG